UUUAAUAUUGUGAUCGGUGCAAAGGUUUAUAUUAUUUCUUUAUAUUAUUAUCAUUUAUCGUAGUUUUGUUCUAAUACCAAUACGUGAAUAACAAUUGAUAAGAAUUUACGGUUAUAAAAUUGCUGUAUUUGGUUAAAGAAAUAUGGCUCUUCGAACAUAUGGUGAUAAGCCAAUUAGUUUUCAAGUAGAAGAAAAUGGAGAAUAUUAUUGUAUUGGCUCGGAAGUGGGUAAUUACUUACGCCUUUUUCGAGGCUCGCUAUAUAAACGAUAUCCUGGCAUGUUCAGGAGAUCUAUUACAAACGAUGAAAGGAAAAAGCUUGUCGAACUUGGCCUAAGCCAACAUGUUCUGGCUUCUAGCGUUUCGCUUCUCAGAGCGAGCGAAGUCGAAGAUAUUAUUGAAGGAAACGAUGACAAAUAUAAAGCUGUAUCCGUGCAUUCGACGGAGCCUCCAGCUCCAAGAGAAGGAAAAACUAAAAAAUCUAUGUCAUGGGUACCAAGUUUACCAAAUAGCUCUCAUUUAGAUGCAGUUCCACAAGCAACUCCCAUUAAUAGGAAUAGGGUACAUAAUAAAAAAGUUCGGACUUUUCCAUUAUGUUACGAUGAUACAGAUCCAUCAGCAAAUUUAGAAAAUGCAUCGCGGCAAGAAAUACUUGUUCCAAUUCGUUUAGAUAUGGAAAUUGAAGGACAAAAACUAAGAGACACUUUUACAUGGAAUAGAAAUGAAAGUCUUAUAACACCGGAACAGUUUGCUGAAGUAUUGUGCGACGAUUUAGAUCUCAAUCCAUUGACAUUUGUUCCUUCUAUAGCACAAGCAAUACGACAACAAAUCGAAGCUUUUCCACAAGAAGCAAUUUUAGAAGACCAAUGUGAUCAACGUGUUAUUAUAAAAUUAAAUAUUCAUGUAGGUAAUACGUCAUUAGUGGAUCAAGUAGAGUGGGACAUGUCAGAAAAAGAAAAUAAUCCAGAAAAAUUUGCAAUGAAACUUUGUGCGGAACUUGGCCUUGGUGGAGAGUUUGUCACCGCUAUUGCUUAUAGUGUACGAGGGCAAUUGUCUUGGCACCAGCGAACUUAUGCAUUUUCGGAAGCACCACUACCAACAGUUGAAGUACCUUUCAGACCACCUUCGGAAGCCGAUAUGUGGGCUCCUUUCUUAGAGACUUUAACUGAUGCAGAGAUGGAGAAGAAAAUUCGAGAUCAAGAUAGAAAUACUAGACGAAUGCGACGGUUGGCGAACACUACACCAGGCUGGUAAAAUCCCUGUAAUUAUAGAUUAAUGAAGCUUGCAUUACCAGCGUUCAUUAAUAAAUGAUAGAUCAUUUAAUUUAACGAACUACACAUUGUACUUUCUGAAAAACGGCGUGUAGAAUAUGAAUAUAAUUUAAUAUGACUACUUUGAUAAGUUUUAAACAAUGACAAUUUAGUAUUAUAGUAAUAUGUUUAAUAAAAAGAAAAA